AUGAGCGUCUCCCAACGAGUGGGUCCACCCGACCUCUGGCCUCGCCAGCCGCACCCUUCGGGCGCUCUCUACGGUGAACUGCCUCUCACUCUGCCGCGAACGCGCUCGAACUCGCAUAUAGUCGUUAUCGUUUCCAGAGAGAACGGUGUGACCUCGUAUGAGGUCCGACGUCGUGUCGACGAUGAGCCUCACUGCUGCCAGAUCGACACCUCCAGCGAAUGGAUCUUGGCUGGCGGUGUCCGCGUAGAGAAGAAGCGUAGCGAUAAACCCCGAGCCAAGGUCGGGGGCAUGUCUGUAGCUGUUCUCGUUGCUCAACAGCGCCCCAGCACGGAUCCAGAGCGCAUUUAUGUCGAUCACGCUGACGGCAACUCGCUCAAUGAUACCUUUGCGAACCUGCACUGGGUCACGCCGGCGUUCAACUCGUGGAACCGGCCACGAAAGGAGAGGGCCGAAUACUUCGGGGUCUAUAUGACCGGACAAACAAAGAACUGCAUCAGCGUGAUAUUUCGCGAUGUGCACCAAGGCUCCUACGACAACUGCGAGACUGCGGCGCGGGUGUACGAUCUUGUUGUGCGCCUUGCAUACAAGGAUCAAGUCGAAAAGACUCCGCACAUGCUCAACAAUCUGCCGCGCCAUGACGAGCAUGUAAUCAAGGUCGAAUCAAGGGCUGACGGGGUCGAUAUUUAUCGAGUUGAUCAUUACUACCUGGUGGUCUUCGGCAACAACGUGCAAAGCAAGCAUGCCACACUGGAAUGGACACAGGACGCCGCCGAGAGGUUCAUCUCUGACCAGAAGUGGGAGCAGCUCAGGAUUUGGUUGAACAGGCGGUUCCGGCGCCAAAACCUUGAGAUCCGCAACGCGAUCACCCGCAAUGCAGACAACGUCGCCUUCAUGCCAAUGAAACCUUCGAAAAACACAUCGGUCGAGGUGCUCAUGGACGAUUCCACGUGGUUGGACUUGAUGGCGGCUGAGGUGACCCUGCUCUGCGGCUACAACAAAAGGCCCACGUUCAGACUCGAUGGUAAGACCGAGUUCCUAAACCGCUUUCUGCGUAGGGACGUCAUUGAUCACGUCAACCACAAUGUUUUGGACCAUAGGCUCGCCAACCUCGAGGUCAGAGAUCGCUCUGCAAACUCGCAGAAUGCACGAAAGGGGUCAAGUGCGCUCAUGGGUAUCACGCCAACAAAGGCAGGCGGCUGGAUCGUGCUCACAAAGGCCAAGGGCGAAGAUCGCAUGCCUAGCAAAACCUUUGCUGCUGGCGACCUCGAAAAUGCGAUCGAGCUCUACGACCUUACGGCUCUCUAUCAGCACGGGCCUUGUGCGCUCAUCAACAAUCCCGAUAACUUGGACGAGUAUCUCAAGGCGCUCAAGGAAGAUAAGACGAAGGAGAAGGUGAAGGACUUCCUGGCGGGAAGGCGACAGAAGAAGUCGAUGUAUGAAGGCGUCGGUGGCAACUUCACCGAUGCUCGCGACGAAGUUCGAUCUGCCAUCUACGCCGAUUUUAUGAAGCUCAAGUCGAAGGGGACGGAAUGGCGCCUAAAUUUCGAGUUCAUGCGGCCUUGGUACCUCUACUACCUGCCGGAACUCAACCUGGACAACGCUAGGGUCAUUCUCGACAAGGCCUACAGGGUGAUGGGUGGCGAUGACUUUGUGAGAGAAAGCAGGGAGGCCAGGACCGAAAGUCCUCGCGGGUCGCCUUCUAGCAAGCGCAAGCGUGAUUAG